UUCAAGUCAUGUCCAGGCGGAAGUCCAAGAAGCCGCCACAAGAUGACGUUUCCAUUUUGUUGGACUCAUCGGUACCAAAGUCCAGAAGAAAGAGGAACUCCCAUGCUUCUCCAGCUUUGUUGUUCAUCAUCUUUACUGUCGGGGCCUCUGUAAUGGGAUGGUUCUGUGUACAACAGCAGCAAAGCCUCGCCCAGCUGUCAGAGUCUUGUACAACGAUGCAAAAGAGAAUCACGAGCCUGCAGCAGGUGAUGGUGAUGACGCACGCACAGACUGAAACAGACUGGGAUGUGGAGGAGAGGAUCUUUGCCCUGGAGGAGGCUCAAAAACAGGCUCAGGAGAGUGCUGCGGUCUCUCUGGCAGCAUCAGAGAAGUUGAUGAACUCUGACAUCUACUUGCAGCUUUCAGACCUCCACGAUGAGAUGGACACCAGAUUGGUUGAGAUAAAGCAGGUCUCCCUAUCCUUCACAACUCUCCAGGACAUAUUCAAGAGCCGGAGUGAGGAGUUUGAAGUCUUUAAGGAGAGCGUAGUGGCCAGUUUGAACUCCAGCUCAGCGUUGGUUGAAAAUGUGACUGGGCUAACCAAUGCUGUGGCAAGUGCAUAUUCCAGAGUUGACGAGCAGAUUGCAUCAAUGGAUGGUCUUAAUGCACGGUUAGAGGGACACGUCUCAGAGCUGAAUGAGCUCAAAGAGUCAAUGCACCUUUAUAAUGUUGCACUUCACACAAACAACCAGAAGACAGCUGCAGUAAAUGGGCUUGAGGAGGCUGAGCAGGCUGUGGGUGCCCAGGCAUUAGAAGUGAUGCUCAGUUCAGUGCAGAGGAGUCUGGACGAGCAGUUUCUGACCUCACAGACCCUCCACAGCAGUGCCAUGGUUCAGCCGCAGACCUUCCACACCCAGGACGAUCCAGCAGCAGCAGAAGAGUUCUUCUCCACUACAGGACAGAAUGCCACUGAGCUUCAGGAUAAGCUAAAACAUGUUGAAGAAAAGGCCAAGCAGCAGGAUGCUGAAGAUGAAGCAGAUGAGGAGGCAAAGGAAGUGGAGGCAAUGCAGGAAGAAGAGCCACUUGAAGCAGAACUGGAGGGGGAAGAGGAAAUUACGCCAGAAGAGCAAGAAGAUGAGGAAAUUACAGGACAGCGUGAGCCGCAGACUGUAGAUGGUCACGUUAUGGACAUUAUGGAGUCUUUGGAAGAGGAGAUAUCUGAAGAAGUUGGUGAGAUUGUAGCAGAAGAGUCAGCUGAAUUAAACAGUGAGGUCUUCAUUGAUGAAAAUGAAGAGGACGAGUAGUUGUGCAACUAGUUGUUCAAUAGGUUGAUCAUCUGUAAAUCAAUAAUGUCUACCGCUAUUUCCUCAACUUAAGACUGUGAUUUUAAGUCUUAUUUCGAUAAAUGGGAACCAUGCAGCACACUUCUUUUAACCAGCUGCUGAUUUGUAGUAUUUGUUUUAUUCUACUUGUGUGGUUGUCCGACACAGAUUUUGUCAAGUGAGCUGUUGGUCACUGAAAAGCAUGAAGAAUUUUAAACUUUGAUAAGUACCUAUGUAAUUCCAUAUUUUUAGGGUUUUUCUUCUCUUUAACAUAUAUAUUGCCUCAUUAGAAAUUACUUUUAUGAAUUUAAGUCUUGACAACAAGUAUUGACAUAAGGUAUAAUUGCUGUUCAAUACGAAAUGUACAGUCAGUAGAAAAAUGGGAAAGACUGGGGGGAAAAAAGUUUCCUUUAUCAGACCUGAAAAAGACUGUAACUGUGCACGAGAUGAACAGGUUACAGAGAGUUUGAUGGAAAUGACAGUUCAUAUCAAGUAAUUUUAACAAACUCACAAUGACUCUGUUAUAAAAUUGGCAUGACAAAACAUAUUUGAAACUAUAUGAAAGAGUAAAUGACUGUGACUGACACAUGUACAUAUAUAGUGCCUCUCACUGUAAAGUUAUUUAUGGCACCAACAUGCUGUGCACAUGUAAGUACAUGUGUUGCUACUGGUACAUCCUGUUCUCUUGUCAUGAAGCCCCUUUGUGAAACUGUUUUCUGCCAGCAGGUGGUGCCUGAUUAUCACCACAAUGAUGAAGAGUAACCAACAAAUGUGUUAGAGGAACCAAAAGAACUUUCUUUCUAAACAGGAGACGUGUUAAUGUCUCGUGAUUUUUGUCUUGGUUAUGAAAUUAUGAAGAAAUUGAAGUUCAGCUAACAACUUGCUGCAUAUGUUAUCAUGUUGUGCAGACCUAACCCUCUGUGACAUCCCGUCUGAACCAACACUGAUUGAAAAGCAACAUUAACCACAUGUCGUUUAUUUGAAAUGACUCUUAGUUCCUAUGAGAUUGCUGAAUAAAGCCUAGAGACCAGUGGUCCUGUUAAUGUCGAUUUUCUUUUUCAUUUAAUUUGAAGAAUUUUUAAUUACAUGAAUUCCUAAGGACAAAACAACAAAAGGGGUGCAUGAU